GAUGCAUCAUGAUGUCAUCGCAACAUGCAUUCAGUCAAAGCCCUCUUCGAUUCAAGUGCAUCGAAUAUCAACAUAGCUAAAAGGUUUCAUUUACCAACAAAUAUCACUGCGAAAAAUAAUUUUAUGCAAUCCGCAAAAAAGCACAAAAAAACUCUGCAAAAUCCUGUACAGACUGACUAAGCCACCAUGUCCCCCGAACAGAGAUAAUCACUAUUCCAAAUUUAAGCUCACACUGUUGUGUAGUGCAUUUUAUGUAGUCUUGCGUACUGUUCUGUGUUGCACUAUGGUCCUGAAGAAAAGACAUUUCGUUCUGAAGUAUACCAGCUACAUAAGGGAACGCCAAUACAAACCACUUAGGGAACGAAUGUGGUUAGAAAUCCUAGUUGACUGGCCCAAUAAAGCAUUUCAAUCGAUUUUUAUGCUCCUGAAGCACAUCUGCAUGACAUUACUUAAGAACUACAUGUGGUUUGAGGGAUAUAUUUAUGGAAUAUGGACAUUCAUUCCUUCAACUUCAGUAACCGCUUCAUCCUGGUCAGGGUCACAGUGGAUCAGGAGCCCAUAUCCCAGGAACACUGGGUGUGAGAUGGGAAUACGCCCUCGAUGGGACAAUACAGAAUCUGAUCUGACAUUUGAAGUGAGUGGAAUAUUACGCUCUUUUUUUUCUUUUUCUUUUUUUGUAGAAGCAUUUCAAAAUUCCCUUUGAGGUGUAAAAUACGGGAAAAAAUUAUGACAGAGUUGUAUGUUGUUUUUAUCUGAAGUUUGCUAACAGGUUGCAAUUUGUUGCGAUUACAUAAUGAGAAGAGGUCAUGAAAACGGCAUGAGGAACAGAGAUCAGGUUAGCGCCUCCUGCCCUGUCUCCAUGGUAAUAGUUUGAAACAAGGCACAAAAGCUGAGACGUGCUGUGUAGCCUACACUGUUUACUGUGAUAAACUAAAGCUAAACUAAAGCAGAAGUAUGCCAAAGAAAAAAGCGAAGAAGGGAGGAAAGAAGGGAAAAGGAAAAGUAAAGAAGGAAAGCAAAUCGAAUUGCAUUGUGGAUAAGGAAUGUGAUACUGAGAGAGCUAAAGCUAACGCGGCUCUGUGGGAGGCCCGGCUCGAGCUAACGGAAAACUCGCGGGUGGAAUAUCGCGAAGCUGCUCGCAGACUGGCCCGAGCAAACGAAGAGCUCACAAACCAGCAGUACAGAGCCGAGAAGACCACUGCUGACAUCGUGGCUUUUCUGAAAAACAAAGAACUCGAGAAAGAAGCACAGAUUGCUGCACUGGAAGAACAACUAAAAGAUGAGAAAUCAAAAGCCCUACAGGACAAAGAGUUUUUAGUUGCGGAGUAUACGGUGAAGAUUAAUGAGCUGGAAGAGAAGUUUAAGAAGAGAUCCAGAGAUUUUUCCAUGAUUCAGGGGGAACUCAAGACCAUCAAGGAGUUUCGCAAAAAGAAAGCUCAGAUGGAACAAGAGUUGAUCACUAUGAAAGAAAGCAUGUACGUUGCUGACCGUGAACACAAGGAGAGUCUUGCAAGAAUGGAGCAUAAAUUUUUCAUUGAAAAGGUCUGUUUAGAAAAGGAAGCAGAGCAGAGAAUUGCCCAGCUAGCAGAGAAAGCCCACAAUGAGGCAAUUAUGCAGCUGGAUAAUGUGUCCCGCUCAGUGUUUAAGGAAAAUGUGCGUUUGAAUGAGGCACUUGGAUAUCACUUGAAAGAGGCAGAAGAGCUGAAAAGGAGCAAUAAGGCCCUGAAAGAGGAGAAUGCUUCUCUCUUCCUGGAUAAGGAGACCAGCAAACUAAUGAUGACAGACAAUGUGGCUCAGCUUGCAGCCCAACGGAGCGAGAUUUCUGAGCUAAGGGCCAAAGUAGCUACUUUGGAGCAGGAGCUGGCCCUCAUGAUUACCGUGCGUGAACAGGAGAAGGUGGCCAUGCAGGAGCGAGCAGUAGUUAGUGCUCAAGCUGGCAGGGUGGAGCUGGAGAAGCUGCAGAAACUGCUGGCCAUGCGUGAACGUGAGAUGAGCCGAGUGAAGCGGCUUGCGCGAAGCAUUGUGGAACAGCGCACCCAGCUUGAGCUCUUCUUCCAUGAGGCGCUGGCUCAAGUUAAGCAGGAGAUCAUAGCCAGCCAGAUCCAAUACAGACAGGAAGCAAUGGAGGCUUAUAGGAGACGGAUGAGUGAAGCACGAUCAGGGAGGAAGGAGUACCCUCACAUACGUACCUUUAACAAAGCUCCACACAGCACCAACAAUGUUUAUACUGAUCUGGAAGAGGCUGAAAGUUGGAACAACCUGCAGAGCUCAAAAGUGGACAUUUCUGAUCUGACCUGGGAGCAGAAGGAGCGAGUGCUGCGGCUGCUCUUUGCUCAAAUGAAUGGUCUGAAAACAAGGAGAGCAGUGCAGCUUCCACCUCUGUCACCAUCCUCUGAGAGGGACCAGAAUGACAGCAAACCUGAAGCAAGAGAAGAAUCUCCCAUGACCUUUGUAACCCAGGCGUCUGUGUCCAACACAACUUCUAACUCCAGUGGCCUGCAUUAACUGCCAAGGCCCCUGAACCUGGAUCACAUCACCACAUGAUACCACAUAAUCAUGUGACCAAAUACAAAUCAACCUUCCUGUACACACAUUAGCUUGUCUUUUUACUGGGAAGUAUUUUUGCUAUAGAAAAAGACAGUAUUUCUAAUCCAUAUGAAUCACGUUUAUCUGAAGGUAAUGGCUUGGGUCUCUGUAACAAUGAAGUGAAAAUGGCAUUACCUUCUUCCAUAUACAAGUACAAUCUUUAUGUUAAUUUUUAAAUAUCUUUAUCCUACUUUUCCAUAUACCAUAUGAAAAGUAGUCCAGGAUGACAGUAAAAAUACUUGCCCAUUCCUCCCAACUGUCUGGUAUAGUACUUUUUAAAAAGCUUACAUUUGAACCUGAUGGCUUAAGACAACCAUAGAGGAGAACACACUCAGGGCUCAUUUAUUGUACGUAAUAGAACAGCUGUGCUACAUUAUGAGAAGGUAAUAUGCUUAUAAGGCAAUAAUGCGUUGCUUAGCCCUAAUUUGUUAGGCUGUUUUUUUUUUUUUUUUUUAAAUCUCUGUAGACUUCAGUGUAAAAACAGUUGCAGAUGUAAUUACAGUGGACUAAUACUGUUAAUAAUUGUUGGCUUUAACACAUGGAAAAGCAAACAGAGCCAUGGAAAGAAAUGCAUCAAUUUCGGACAUACUGUAAUAGUUAAACAGUCUAGUGCAACAUACAUCACUGAUUACUGUUUUAUAUUAUUUCUAUACUAGCAAAAACCCAAGUCACAACCUCUCUGUACAAUAUGUUCUACAAUUCAGGGG